AUGUAUAAGGGAGAUGUUGCCCGUAUGACUCUAUCGUUGCCCCGGCCUUGGACCGUGCGUGCUGGUGAGCGGAUUAGUCUGGGAAUCCCGUAUGUCGGGAUUUUCUAUCUAUUUCAGUCCCACCCGUUUACUAUUACCUGGUGGGAAAGUGAUAGUAAGGGCCGCGCAGUUUCUAUUUCUGUCUUGUUUCGCCCUCGGUCUGGGUUUACGAGAAAGGCAAUAGAGCGCAUCGUGCCAGAGCAGGAGUGUGGAGCCUGGAUUGAUGGUCCAUUUGGUCCUUCGUCAGUUCACACUAUCGGGUGGUCCGGUACUGUUGGUGAUUAUGGUCAUGUGUUCAUGGUUGCGACGGGAAUCGGAAUUGCUGCUCAACUGCCAUAUCUGAAGGAACUUCUAGACGGCCAUGACAAUGCCCAGGUUCGGACUCAGAAAAUAUCUCUUGUCUGGCAAGUUGACCGUGAAGGGGAUUGGGAAAGUGCGCGGGACUGGCUGCAAAGCCUUGUAGCACAGGAUAAUGGCUAUAUGCUACACGUCACAGUAUACGAUCAAAUGCAGCCACAGUCAGAAAUUCCGGUCCGACAUAUCGGGAAGAAUAAUCUCAUUAAUAUCUAUGGAGGUACAGUCGACUGGGAAGAACAGCUAGACUCAGAGGUGAAGAAUCAAUUGGGUAGUCUGCUUGUGAUUGUUUCCGCACAGUAUCACAUCCAGCAAAAGAUGAGACAAUUAGUCCGAGCUCGUGUCUACCAUGGGAUUGAGGUUUUCGAACAGGAGUUUCAGCCAUGGAGCGAAACGGGAAGCUUGCGAGCGUUCUUGACCCCUUAG